CUCCCGCCUCCUGCGGCAUCGUCACUGGGGCCCUGGCUCGGUGCCCCUGACUGGGGAGCUUUGACGCGAUAAAUAUCCUCUUGCUUUAUUGGAUCCACCCCCAGCUUUCAACGAGACCUGUGUAAUUCCAGGCAGAGUCACAUAAUGCAGAAUUCUGCCCUUCUCUCCCCCUAAAUCCAGGAAAGGGGAAAGAUGAACGAGAUAAAGGAGACCCUGCGGAACAUAGAGCAGAACUACCGGCUCUUCCAGCAGCAGCAGUUCACGUUCAUCACAGCGCUGCAACGCACCCGGGAGAACGCGCACGACAUGAUCCGACCCGUGGCCACCAUCAGACAGGUACAAUCCUACAUGGACCAUCACUGUAACAACUCCACUGACCGCCGUAUCCUCAGCAUGUUCCUGAGCAUCUGCAACGAUCUAAGCAAGCUCUGCCAGAACCUGGAAACCCUGCAUCCCGGGAACAGCGUUACCAACGACAUCUUGGAAAGGUGCAAGCUGCUCCUGAGCCACAGCAACGACCUCAGCGCCAUCCGAGCUAAAUACCCCCAUGAUGUUGUCAAUCACCUGAGCUGCAACGAAGCCAAGAACCAUUACGGAGGUGUGGUGAGCCUCAUCCCCAUCGUUCUGGACUGCGUGAAGGAGUGGGUCGCCCACACCGAGAAGCUGCCGCGGCACAUGCUGUAUAACGUGAGUGGUGGAGGUGCUGGCUCUGCCAAAACAGCACCACAGGAGGCACCAGCCAGGGCAGCCAGGUCCCCCAAACCACCUUCUGCUCCCCCUGCAGCUCAGCCCUCAGUUAGUAACAAAGAUUAUGUGCAAGUCCAGGGAAGUAAACAAGCCAGAAAGAAGGGCCUGAUUGACACACAAAGUUACAGUGGGAAACUUAAGAGUCCUUGGAAGCCACCUGGUAGACAUGCUUUUUAAAGAACCAAGUGCAUCUUUGUUAUAAUGAACUUCCCUAUCUAAAUUCAAAUUGUGAAGAGAUAACUUAUCCUUUGGCAGAUAAAUACACCUUUCCCUUACUCUUAUUUCCAAUCUUCUCCUAAAAGAAAUCUCAACAGAACUAGCUGCCUCUCACAUACUCCCUUUGACAAGCCUUGUGUUCAGAGCAGGAUUGAACAGUCAGGACCAAUCAGAUGCUAAUUUCUCAGAUAAUGGACAAGUUCUCUGAAGUGGGAUUUUAAGGCUUCCCUUCACUGUUCUGAGGAACACUCCCUUGCUCUCCCACGCUGAGGUGAGAGCACCCUGGAUGUUAGACAGUGAGGUGGCAGAGCAGCAGAGGCCUCCUGUAAUGAUUCAGAAGCACAUCUGAGAGUCACAGUAGGCAUCCCCAAAGCUCCCUCACUGCAGCUGACCCCACUGAACAUGCCUGCUCAUCUGGACCAAAGAAUGAAGGCCGACAGGACAGAGCACUAACACUGUCUCCCUUGCGUGCCCCUGGCUGCAGAAAGGUCCAUGUAUUUGACUACAUUCCCAGGGUUCUGCUGGAUGCUUCCUGCAGGGUCUCACACCAACAACAUCCCAACAUCCUCCCUUAUACCUCUUUGGCUCCUUUGCUGUCAAGCAGCAGCGCUACAGGGAUGUAAAGGACAAGUUUAGUUGGGUUUACUGACAGUAUCUGAACUUGAAUAAAACACCCCUCUCGCAGGACUCUGUGAGGCUACCAGCAGGAAUUCACUUCCAUCUGACGUGAUUCAGGGUGUUCUGGGAGCAGAUGGAUCAAGAAAGCUGUGGCUAUUUUCAUUCAGUUCCCCUUUCAAAGCACAUGUUAAAAUGUCUCUCCUUUCCCUUUUUUCAACACAAAUAUCCACUUUCUAGCUUUCAAGGAUGUUCUGAGGCUUAGUUCAUUAACACCACGAGACUAUUUGAAAUAGUCUCAUGCUGGUUUCAGAACGAUAAUUCAAAAUUCUAGCCUGACUUUAUAGCAGUGUCUCUGAAAACAGCUCUUUCCCAGCCGCACAGGGAGGGACAGCAGAGCCACAGGCACUCCCCAUCCCCAGAAGCCGAUAGGCAUCUUCUGUGGUGCUUUUUAUUGAAGCACUAGUAACUACAGAUUUAACAUCUCAAUAGUGCAGUGUCUUCCCUGUAUCUGAUUGCUCUUUUCCCCUCCCACAGGCAAGUUAGCUCCUGUUCUUUGCCUGCUGCUGCAAGACACUCCUGAAUAAACCAUUUCCCCAUGCAAACCUGACUCAGUUUGCUAAAACUGUGAGAAUGCUUUUGCCUUAAGAUGACCAGACCUUGGCAACAAACAGCCAAAGAGAAGGGAGAAUUGAUACAGAAGAGGGAGCGUAGGAAAGAGUGAUAGCUCAGAUGGAGCAGGAAGUAUUUUCAGGAUCCCUGUCAGUCCUGCCAUAGCUGCUUUUGCACCUUGUUUCUGUCCCCCAUCCACACGUGCUGAUAUCUCAUACUCUGUGACACAGGACUACUUUUUAGGAGACACAAUCC